CUGAUGAAUAAUACUCCAGCAGUUACAAGUAUAUAAUUCCCGAAGCUCAGCCUAUGGAAUCAAAGGGCUUGGGCAUGUGGAUCAGUAAUAUUAAACACAUAUUAAAUAGACAAUAAAUGAAUAUAUUUCCAUCACAUCCAAAGCACAUGUAAUUUGCCGCUUGACGUGCACGCCACUUCCGCUGAGAGUGUUUAAAACCGCUUUAAAUUGUGCGAAAAAUGGACGUGCAACUUGUACAAGAAAAUGGUGAUCACACCAGGAAACCUUUAGCAAUUCUGUUACAUGUUCAAGAAGAAACGUAUUUGGCCAAUGUCCGCAAUAUAAUUGCUGAGGAGGUGUCAGACAUCAUGCCACCCGGUAAAUAUCACUUUUGUUUUGGAGGAACAAUUGUGAGCAAAGUCAUGGAGAAAGAGCUUAGACUUAAGCAAAUUCUCGAAAAAAGUGAUGACGCGUCAUUGCACGUUGCUGUUCUAUCAAUAGAUUUACUUGAUAAUGAAGAAGGCAGCCAAGGCGAAGUUGGUUUGAAACACGAAGGAACACAAAGCCCAUCUUUUGUGUCGUCUGUCUUUGAGACUGGAUACGUACAUGAUUAUGAGUCAUUCCAACCAACAAACUCCAAAUCAGUGGCCACUUUUGAUAUAAAUAGCGACACAAUUAGCCAAGCCGAGAACCUACAGGAGUCGUCAAUGCAAGCGACAUGCUUGCCAAGCGUAUCUUUGUUGCCUGAAACCCAAAAGAAUUUCAAGAAAGUACUUCAGCUCAGGUCACCUACAACAACUGAAAUACGCAGUUUAAAAAUUCACACUGACAUUGAAAUAAAACGAGGAAAAGGUCAAGAUCAAGUAUACAAAAUAUUUUGGAAUGAGAGGGUAAGAAAAACGGCCAAAAACAGAAAUAUCCCUAACAAAGAAAUCUAUAGGCGUACUAAUGAAGAGUGGAGACUUCAUCGUUCGAAGCUUCUGGUAAACCAUGCAGGCAAGGAAGACCUGGUCAAGGACCUGGUGACACCCAACAACAUGCAAAAAAAAACAGAAGAUGGACCGAAACCGGCAAAGAAGAUGAAGGCUGCAACAGUGCCGUCCAACAUUUCUCGCGUGAAAAUCGCUUCAGCCAAGAUAGAAAACUUGCAAGCGGAAGUAAAUUUGAAGCCGGACCGAAGUUCUGAAAAAAACAGUCCAUAGUGCAGCUAGCGAAGAGCACAGGACGACGAAUUGCGAAGAGCACAGGACGCACUUAGAAAAAAUUUGAAAAAGCUGGAACUAUCAAAAUGUAUGACAGACAAGGAAACGGAAAAAGGAACUUAGAUAGCUUUCUAGAUUUUAAACUGUUUAUAAAGAAACUUUGUUCCCGUCUCUGACAGUCUGACGUUGUCGUUGUGUUCAUUUGUUAUACAGCCGCUACGUUAAGAAAUUAACGACUCACCAAAUUGGU